CAUGCUCUUUGUUGAUAUCUUUAGGCAUAAGCUAUGUGCUAAGUAAAAUGAUUUCCUGAAAUUUGAUUAAUGUAUGCAUAUUAUUUUGAAAAUGUCUGAUUGAAGUACAACUAAGGGGCCAACCAUAAUGAUAUUUGUAAAACAUUUCCUUCUAUGUCAUGGUCCGCCAAGUUAUUGUUAAUACUAUUUGAUUUGGUCAUCAUUUUUCUAGAAGUCUGAUAGUAGUACUGAUUAGAUAUUUUUGAUUGAAGCAGCUAAAAAUUUGACAAAUUAUUAAAUAUUAGAAAUUAAAAAUUAAAUAAGUUGUAUUUUUUAUCAAAUGGUUCAAUACUUGCAAUUUUGAGUUUAAAUUGAAAUAAGGUGUAGUUUUAUAUAUUUAUCUACUUAUCUUUUCUCAAAUAUAAUGUGACAUUUCCAGAAAUGGAAGAAAAUAGAGUCGAUGAUCAGGAAUAUAUUCCCCAAGUUGCAGAUGAUCGAAAACCAAAAAUUGGAAUGGAAUUCUCAUCACUAGAGGAGGCAUAUUCGUUCUAUAACCAAUAUGCACGAGAAACCGGAUUUAGUUCACGGAUAAACACAAGCAAGAAAAAUAAGAUGACAAAUGAAGUGAUGUGGAAACAAAUUGUAUGUUUUAAAGAAGGACAUACAAAUCUAAUACGGAAUGCUAAACAUACAAAAUCUGAUCAACUGAUAAGGGAAAGAGCACGUGGCACAGUUAGAACGGGUUGUAAAUCAAAUAUUGCAUUUGUCAAGAAACAGACAUGACCUAAUUGGGUUGUAAGUAACUUCAUAGAAACCCAUAAUCAUCCACUCUCAACUCCAUCAAAGGUGCAUUUGCUACGCUCACAUCGUAAUGUCUCGGCAGCAAAGAGAACAUUGACUAAACAGUUUUCAGAAGCCAAUGUACCAACUUGUCAACAAAUGCGAUUAUUGGAGAUAGAGUAUGGAGGGCCUGAGGGGGUAGGGUGCACAGAAAGAGAUAUUAGAAAUUUUGAAAAAAAACUAAGGGAUGAACAAAAGGGUAUUGAUGCCGAAACAUUGAUCGAGUUAUUUACAUCUGAGCAAGAGAAGAAUUCAGCUUUUUUCUUUGAUUAUAAGACUGAUUCAGAUAACAAAUUCAGUAAGUGUUUUUGGGCUGAUCAUGUAUCAAGGAGGGCAUACAGUAUAUUUGGUGAUGUCGUUGUAUUUGAUACGACAUAUAAUACCAAUAAAUAUGACCUAAUUUUUGCAUCAUUUGUAGGAGUUAAUCAUCAUCAUCAGACAAUUAUUUUUGGUUGCGGGUUUCUAAGUGAUGAAAAAACUGAGUCUUUUGUUUGGUUGCUUAAGAAGUUCAUAGAAGCCAUGCCUAAAGGCCCACCAAAUGUUAUCAUCACUGAUCAAGAUCCUGCUAUGACGAAAGCUAUUGCACAAGUUUUCUCUCAAACAGUGCAUCGAUAUUAUUUGUGGCACAUACUGAAUAAAUUCCCAGAUAAAUUACAUCCUUUGACUUUUCAAAAUCACUAUCAAAGCAUAAAGAAUGUUAUUGUAAAUUCUACAACACCUGAUGAUUUUGAGAAGUCAUGGGAAGGGGUUAUCAAGUGUGCUAACUUGGAGAAAAAUGAUUGGUUGUCAUCGAUGUAUGAAUUGCGACACAAGUGGGUGCCAGUAUAUUUUAGACAUAUAUUUUGUGCUGGAAUGUCAAGUAGUCAGAGAUCUGAAAGCUCACAUUCAUUUUUUAAGAGGUAUAUUUCAAAUAAGAACUCAUUGCUGGAUUUUAUCACCCGUUUUAAUAGAGCACUGAGACACCAAAGACAUAAUGAAUUAAUUGCAGACCAUAUUGAUAUGAAUGAGCAACCCAAGAUUAAGACAAACUGGCCAAUGGAAACUCAAAUGGUUAAGUUGUACACAAAAAAGAAAUGGCUGGAGUUUCAAAGUGAAGUGGGUGAGAGUCAUGGUUAUUAUGUGCAACAAGCAUUUGCAGGAGUUGACUCAGUGGUUUACAAUGUGAUGAAAUUUCAAAGUUGUUCUUCCUCCAAACCAAAGGUUCUCACCCAUGACAAACAGAGGGAUUAUAUAUCGUGUAGUUGUACGAAAUUUGAGUUUGAGGGCAUUCCAUGCAGGCAUAUGUUAGCAUUUUUUCGUAUCAACCAAGUGUUUCAUCUGCCUAAUACGUAUAUACUCAAACGAUGGACACAAGAUGCAAAGGUUGGAGAAAUCCUAUUUUUGGGGGAGCAAAAAGAUCCAGAUCCAGGAAGGUUUUUGAUGUCGAGACACUCGAGAUUAUCUUAUAAGGCUUCAUUAUUAAUUGAUAGUGCAUCUUUAACUGAUGAGGGGACAAACUUCUUGGAUGAACAAUUCGAUUGUAUCUACAACAAAAUUCAAGAGAUGAACAUUAUUAAACCAUGUGGUGAUGGAAGUAAAAGGAAGAAAUCCAUAGAUGAGAGCCUUGGUAUUAUUGAUCCUUCUUCGGUAAGAACAAAGGGAUGCGGGAAGAGAUUGAAAUCAUCAAAGGAGAAGUCAAUCUCAAAGUCCAGGAUAUGUCGUGGAUGUGGAUAUCGAGGUGUGUCAUAUGACAAGCGCAACUGCCCAAUUUUACAGCAAAGAUCAACUGAAGAUAAUCAUCAUAACAACGUUGACGACACAGAUGAAGCAAAUUUGACAUCUAUCGCUGAUUCUAACAACAUGCAAUAGGAUAUUCAUAAUCAGAAGUUGGUGUGGCGGAACUUGAAGUUGCAGUUGAGAGAAUAGCACUUCUGAUUUUUUUUUUUGGUGUCCCUUUUGGAACUCUUUCACAGUGGUGUGUUUGAAAUUAAUUGCUCGAAGGAUGUAAAAGUUCAGGGUAUCAUAGAUUCCUGUGCUUCUCUUGAA